GACUAUUUUCAGUAUCCCUAUGGGCUUCGUACGCUACGCAGCAUUCCUGGGUGUUGCUGCGAUCCUCAUUAACUAUGGUAUGGAUCUGCUUUACUCAAAGCAUCCUCUUCAUUUUGGUGGAAAGGUGGACAGCAAGUACGAGAGCGUACGGAAAGCCUUUGAACAAAAUUUUAUCGAUGGGCUAGAAACAGAAGGUGCUUCCUUUGCAGUAUAUGUGAAAGGGCAAAAAGUAGUUGACCUGUGGGGAGGCUACGCGGACAUACAGGCAGCAAGAACCUGGAAGGAGGACACGAUGAGUGUUGUAUUCUCGACUACCAAAGCCGUAGCUGCGCUUUGCAUCGCUGUGUUAGCCGAUCGAGGAAGGCUCAGAUACGAGGACCUCGUAUCAAAGCAUUGGCCGGGAUUUGCCAAGAAUGGGAAAGAAAACAUUACAAUUGAAUGGGUGAUGUCACAUAUGGCAGGUCUCUACUACUUCGAAGAGUCCAUCACCAAAGAAAUAGCUACAGACCACAAUCUCAUGAGAGAACUGAUCGAGAACGAAGCACCCAAGUUCCCGCCAGGAACUGCCUUCGGUUAUCACGCCAUGAGUUACGGCUGGCUUGUCGAUCAGAUUAUAAGGCAUACCGAUGAAAAGAAACGGGGGAUUGGGCAAUUUCUGCGGGAGGAAAUUACUGGACCAAACGGAAUCGACUUUCACAUUGGUCUCAAUCUCUCAGAGGAAUAUCGCGUAGCUCGUGCAGCUACAAUAAAGACCUCAGUGAUAAUUAAGGAGCUUUUCUGCAAUUACCGUGCUGCCAUGAUGGUUUUAAACUACUACUUGUCAAGAACGGAAUCUCCUCUGAAUAAAGCUGUCAGCAAUCCCUCUUGGAUGAAGCUGUCAUCGCAGUGUACGAUGAAUGACCCUGAACAACACGCAAUGGAACAGGCAGCGGUGCUUGGAAUAGGAAACGCACGAGCAUUGGCGAAAAUGUUCAACCUGCUCGUCACUAAAAGGCUGGUCAGUGAGAAGACAUUAGCAUUGCUCAAGGAGCCUGUGGUGAAUGGAACCGAUUAUGUGAUUCAAAUACAGAUGGCUUUCGGACAUGGCUUCCUCUAUCAUCCACCAAUCACAAGCGGGGGCAACCCCCUCGCAGGACAUGGCGGUUAUGGCUGUCAGGAAGUGAACUUUGACACAACAAAUGGAAUCGUCAUCUCGUAUGUCACCAACGGAUUGAAAUUGGGGAUGUACGACGACUGCCCCACCUAUUCACGUCUACAAAAAGCUGUGUACGACGUUGUACAAAAACCACGGUCUUAACGCGAACUGCCACCAAUUGUUCCAUUUUUUUAACUCUGUACUGUAUUUUUUUUUUGUAACUCAGGGAGCAUCAGAGCAAUAAAUGGCGU